GAUAAAGGUUCACAGUAAUUCUUUGGGUCUUUUCUUUGAGCUCGGUCAGGAUGAGAACAGUGCUGCUCUUUGUUUUUCUGCUCCCUGCACUAAUGGUGAAGGCACUGCCAACAGCGGGGAGCAGUGACCUUGUGCUUUCGCUGAGGAACGGUCAAAUCAGAGGAGAGUAUGUGACUGUGAAAGGCACAGAGAAGAGGGUGAAGCAGUACUUGGGAAUCCCCUUUGCCCAGCCACCCGUGGGCCCCCUCCGCCUGGCUGCUCCCCAGGGUGCUGGGCCCUGGGAGGGCGAGAGAGACUGCACACGUCAGCCCCCAAUGUGCAUCCAGGAUCGAGAAAAGCUCAUAAAUGUUUCUCUAGCCAUGUCCCUCGACUUCAGCGCACCAGAGCUUUCCGAGGACUGUCUGUAUCUAAACGUGUACACUCCAGCGGAUGCAAGAGAAGGAGACAAAUUGCCAGUGAUGGUGUGGAUCCACGGAGGAGGCCUGACCAUGGGCGCAGCUUCUCAGUACGACGGCGCUCCAUUGGCUGCUUACGAAAACAUAGUGAUGGUUAUUAUUCAGUAUCGGCUCGGCAUUCUGGGGUUCCUGAGCACCGGAGACCAACACGCUUGGGGGAACUGGGGCUUGCUGGACCAGCUGGCAGCGUUGAGGUGGGUGCAGGAAAACAUCGAGGCCUUCGGCGGCGACCCACAAACCGUCACCGCUGCUGGAGAAUCUGCUGGAGGCAUCAGCACAUCCAUACUGACUCUUUCACCAAAAGCCAAAGGACUGUUCCAGAGGGCCAUUUUUCAAAGUGGAGUCGCAACACUUGGGACCUACACCUCAGAACAUCCUCUGACUAAUGCCAAGACUGUUGCCAACAUGACGGGAUGUGGUGACCGCAGCACGGAAGAGCUAGUCCGCUGUAUGAAGGGAAAAAGUGUUGAAGACUUAGUGGAUGCAACCAAAAAGUUGACCAUUUUCCUCGGGGCUGUUGUGGAUGGCGACUUCCUGCACGGUACAGCCGAGGUGCUUCUCAGGAGGAAAGAAGUGCUGACGGUUCCAGUGAUGUUGGGAAUAACCAACCAUGAGUUUGGCUGGAUCCUGCCUCAGAGCUUUGGCCCCCCUGGCUGGGAGACAGGAAUGAGCAGGGAGUCGGUGCUGGCUGUGCUCAACAUGUUCAGUCCUGCAGGGGUCCAUUCAGCCAACAACCUCAUUGUAGAUGAAUACCUGAAAGAUGCUAAAACUCCGGAGGACAUCAGAGAUGGCUUCACUGAAAUUAUAGGAGACCUGCUGAUGACACUGCCUAUGGUCAAGGUGGCUGGCUACCACUCAGAUGUGGGAGCCCCGGUCUACAUGUAUGAGUUUGUCUACAGCGCAGAGAUAUUCAAAAGGUCAAGACCCAGCUUUGUGAAGGCAGAUCAUGCAGAUGAUGUUGGCUUCAUGUUUGGUGGAUGUUUCUGGAAUGGGCAGGCAAAAAUUAUCGGCAACAUCACCAAAGAAGAUGAAAGAUUGUGCCGGACUAUGAUGUCAUACUGGGCCAAUUUUGCUCGUACUGGAUCUCCUAAUGGCCCUGGUCUGGUCGACUGGCCGCAGUAUGACAGGCAGAAGCAGGAGUAUUUGGAGCUGGGCUCGACACAAACUCUGAAGCAGAAACUUAGGGAGGAGAGGGUCCGUUUUGCAACUGUCACCCUUCCUCAGAGGCUCGCACAGUUUGCAGCAUCAGCAAAAACUGAAAACUGAUCAAUGCAAGUCCUCUUGCUUUUUUAUUCUUUGUAGUUUCAUUAUUUCUUUUGUUUCAUUGCUACAUCUAACUAAUAAUGUUCAUUACUGCCAGUAUCUCUUCUCUCUGUAUGUUAACAGAUUUUCUAAGUCUUUUACUUCUAUGCAUUUUUGUAACCUAACUGUAAUUAAAUGAAAUCA